CAGUCUGCGAUCCUCUUCGUAAUCGUGGAACGUAGAGCGUAGCGACUCAAAGUGACUAGACCACAACUGACUGGAUGGCCAAUUAGUAAUCGGAGAGAGGUCGUUGACGGUCGUGGGCCGUGGCGACUGUGGUGGUGCCGCCGCAACUGUAUUAUCAUUUAUCAUGAUAAUUAUUAAUAAUAUUAUGAUGAUUAAAACAUUCAAAAAUCUUAAAACAGAAUGGAUUUUAUAAAUUAUAAAAUAAAAUGCUCAAUAACUAUGUGAUCAAAACUUCAAAACGCGUUAAGUAUACAAUGUAAACACAAGACUAAAGGAUCACAGUACCAGAAUCCAAACAGCAAUAAUAAUUAUCAUUUUCUCGUCGAUCGCUAUCGAUAUUUUGUGUCGUACGAUGCGCUGACCGCCGACUAUUCUAUUCGAUCACGAAUUAUAGAAUACGAGCAAUGGGAUAUACGGCUCGAGUGCUUAUCAUCAAUAGGAGAUAAAACAUAACACAUUACAGAACCUUAUCGAUCACAAACACGAUUUAAAUAUUAAAGGCACGGACGUAUAUAUAAAUAUAAUAUAUACGUCCGUGAUUCAAGUUUAUAUGAAGUAGACCGUGGUGUGGUGUCGAAUGUCAACGCGUUUAGGACCAAAGACCAAACGGCUAAAUCACUCGGAAGUUAUCUGAUUACAGCGGUGAGAUAGGUACUGCAAUUUUUUGGAAUCAUUCAAUUUUUGUUCAAUUCUUUUGUACAUUCCGCCCAAAUUAUUGAGGUGUCUUUUUUGUGUCUUGGCCAGUGGAUAAAAAAAAUCAUCAUGUCGACUGACGAAGUGGAAUCCGAAAUCCAUUUCAUGAAAACUUACAGCAUAAUGAAAUGGGACGAAUUAAUAAAGCUUAAUGAUGAUCGUAAAUCACUUAACCAGAAAAUCGCACUUGGGUUGGCCACCAGAGAAGAAUUGUCAAAACAAAUAAAAGUUGAAUUAAAUAUGCUGGAUACGUGUCAACUUAAAAUUGACCAAGAAAUGAAAGAAAAUGACACAGAGUAUAUUAACACUGAAAUACUUACAAUUUUAUCAAAUCGUAUAAAUGAAUUAUACAACAAUAUGUUUCUACUGUUUCCCGUUGAAAGAACUUCAUUAACAGAAUAUAUUGAAUUUUGCUCAAAUAAUACAUUAUUUAUCACUAAAUGUAGCAACAUGUUAGAUACCCUUAUGUCAAGAUAUCAUAGUGAUCCUGAAGUUUAUAUAACUGCAGCAACAUAUGAAUUUGAUGAUAGAAAUGAUGUUGAAUCAGCUAGAAAAUAUUUUGCAGAAGGAUUAAAAUAUCACAGUAAUUGUAAAAAUCUAUAUGUAGAAGAGUUCUGGGUAGAAGUACAGCAUUUAGAAAAGACUGCAGGUGCUUCACUUCCAAUUGCCAUUGAAAAAUAUAGAAAUCUCAUAAAACGUUUUGAAGGUGAUAUUGAAUUUCAUUUUAUAUUAUUGGACAGAGCAAUACAAUUAAGUGCAGUUAGAGAAUUGCAAUGCAAUGUUGUCAGAGAUAUGGUUAAAAAGUAUAGGCAUAGUGAACUAAUGUGGCAAAAAUUAGCAAAAAUUCAUAUUGAUGGUUUUAUCUAUCAUCAGGAGACUGAGCAAUUACACUAUGACAAAAAUUAUAUUAGUGGUAUUAGAAACUGUAUUAAAACCUAUGAAGACGGAUUGAAAGAAAAUUUACCACUAAAAAAUAAACAUAAGCUAUGGAACUUUUAUAUUGAUCAUGUUAUAGAAAUUAGGAGAUCUUAUCGCAUGAAAAAAGAAACAAUAAGAAAUUUUAUGAAUGAAACAAUGGAACGAGCCUUUCAAGAAGCUCAUGAUAAUAAAGCAUUACUCAAAGCUGAAUAUUAUACAUAUUGGGCUAAAAAUACGAAUAAAGACUGCCAUAUGAUUCUGAGAAAAGCAGUUGAAGUGAUUCAAGAUAGUGUAGAACUUUGGAUAAAUUUAAUAUCAUAUUAUUUAAACUAUGACAGUCUCGAAAUGGGCAUUGAAGCCUUUCAAGCUGGUGUUCGGGCUUUGACAAACAAAUCGAUGCCUUUAUGGGAAAUCCUAAUUUUAUAUAUGGGGAAUACUCAUCCAAAAUUGCUCCAACAAUUAUAUCACGAAGGCUCACAUUUUCCAUACCCAGAAGUAAAUUUUGUAAUCAGGCCUGAAUAUUUGGAAUGGAGUGUAGUUCAUAAUGGUAUACUUUCAACUCGUGAAUUGUUCAUUGAACUUAGAGACAUAAAACCAGAGUGCAAACAGUUGUAUACAACCAUGAUUUCAUUUGAACUCACUCAAAACUCUGGAAUUACCAAAUUAAAAACUAUCAGAAAAUUGUAUAAUGAUGUAUGCAAUGUUUUUGGUCAUAAAGACAUUGGAGUAUGGUCUGACUGCAUUCGAUUUGAAUACAUAUACGGAUCUCGUAAAUUAGUGAAAGAAAUUUAUAAGGCAUCAUUACUGUGUUUGGAACCAAAUUUAAGGAGUGGUAUGGCAGAAGAAUUUGAAAAACUUAAAGAAGAAUUCAUGGAAGAAGAUCCUAAAGAUGAAGGAGUUAUUGUUAUUGAUGAUGACGAAUAAUUUUAUAGUUACAAAAAUAUUAUGUUUUUAAUAGUAAUUUGUGUACUUCCUUUUUAUGUCUGUGAUAUGUAGUGUUAAGUUAAAGUCUGUUUAUUAUUAAUGAUUAUUUUUAUUUAUUUUUUAAGUAAUUAUAUACACAAUAUAUUUAUUUCUUUUUUAAUAUUAUACCUAUCAUUAAGUAUAAUGUAAUUUGAGUGUAUAGCAUUUAUGAUUAAGACAUACAUCAUAAUUAUUUUAUUUACAAAAUAUAAAGAAAAAAAUGUAAAUGUAUGAUUAUAGUUUAUGUGGUUAACGUAACACAACGGUGCUAUUAUAUUAUACAUGUAUAACAUACAUAUCUGUGGUUACUAUUGAUCAUAAUAACAGUGUUUUAUGUAAUCAAAACUAAUUUCCCAUUAUUUACAUGAAAAAACUUAGAUUUUUCAUCCAACUGUGAAAUCUUAUCUGACUAUUAGGAUUAUGUUUUAAGCACAACUAGUUUCGGAAAAAUUAAAAUAAUUGAUUAAUAUUUUA